AUGUCAGCACAGGACUGGAUCGUAUCAAAAUUAGAUGGAAACGAUCCAGGUAAAGCAGUAGAGCGUGUUGGUGCAAAUGACGAGCUUGGCAAACAUGGCCAGGACAAUCGUCCGAUCCAAGGCUAUAUAGAAAACGGCACUAGUCCAAACAUCGGUAGCUAA